AUGGCGCACAGUCGACGGUUUCUUGCUCUUUUUCUCUUCUUCUCUUUGCUGCAACUGUCUCCGCGCCUCCCUGCGGCGCCCUUUCUUCGCUGGCUCUCUCAUCUCCUCGGCUUUCGCUUCGCCCAGUCUGCGCUGGCGCUCCAUCUGGCUCACGGCGGCCCGUCUCAGCACCUUCUCUCGUCGCCGUCCUUGCCCUCUUCUUUCCCUUCUUCCUUCUCUUCUACUUUUGCUUCGGUCCCUCUCGCUGUGCGCUCCGUAAGCGAGCCGACAGGGCACAGUGAGGCCGCGCGAGGGAGGCACGAGGUGGCGUGGGGCGCGGCGCGCGAGCGAGGCUGCGUACGGAGCGACGGGCGGCGUACGCCUUCAAGUCGCAGGGCGGAGGCCUGCGGCUCAACUCUGACGUAUGCAUCGCCUGAGUCAGAAGACGCCACACUGAGGACAUCCAGGGGGGACGCGAGCGAAACCUGGCGACGGCGAGAGAGAGAGAGGGCAAAAGACAGGCUCCACACGUCACCCAACGCCGCUGUCGGGUUUCUCUCUGCGGCCGCAGGCCCUCAUACGCUGCAACCGUUCUUUCUGUCUGCCUCGUCGUCUCGCAUCUUCUCUUCAUCCUGCCUCCGCGCCGCACACGCCGUCUCGGCAGCGGCGCGUGUGGCACCCUCUGCGGCGCCUUGUGGGACUCUGCGCACGCUCGCGGCGUCUCGCGUCUCCUCGUCUUUUCCAGUUUCUUCUUGCGGACUUUCGGUCUCUUCGCGAUUCAGCGUCCUGCCCGCUUCGCCCGCGGCGGCUCGCUCGCCUCUCGCGGCCGCGGGCUCUGCAGCUGGAGCGAAGAGCCCGGUGGAGCCGCUCCCGCAGUCGCUCGCGUCAUCCGCGAGUGUGGGACUGAACUCCACUAUGGUCGAACAAGUUUUGGAGAGCGUGAGGCCAUACCUGCGGAGCCACGGCGGCGACGUGAAGCUCGUCGCCCUCGAUUCAGAGAACAAAGUCGCGCACCUGGCCUUCAAGGGGGCGUGUUCAGGCUGCCCAUCGUCGCAGCAGACACUGUACGAGGGGCUUCAGGGCGCCCUGCGAGAGGUCUGGCCUGACUUGACUGUCGAGGAGGCGCCUGUGGAUGAGGCAUGGGGCGACGAGGCCGAGCCCCUGACGGUCGCGAGCGUGGAAGACGCUCUCAAAGGCAUCCGCCCAGCCAUCGAAAAGCUGCGCGCGACUCUCGAAGUCCUCGACGUUUCGCCAAGCGGAGAUAUUUCGCUCCGAUACCAGGGCCCGAACGUGCAGACCAUCCGCCUGGGAGUCGAGAUGGAGCUCCGCGACAAGCUGCCGCCAGAUCUUCUCGGCUCCAUCGACUUCGCGGCCGAGGACAAGCCCAGUCAGGCCCUGACGGCUGCGUCAGACAAGACAGCGACCGCCACAGCGGAGGCGGAGUCUGCAGCCCGAGGAGAGCAAACACCGCCGCCUCCCGCAGGUGCACAGGCAGGCGAGGUCCAGGCGCGUCCCCCGCAGUUUGAAGGAGGCCUGACAGACGACGACGAAGAAUAUGAAGGUUUAGAGCCGGAGCCUGCGUAG